AAGUUUCAAGUUAUUGUUUCCUUUUGCUCCCAGUUAUUUUUCUUCCCUCUUUACUCAUUUGGUAUUUUUUCCAUCGCCAUGAAGAUUGUAAAAACCUGAUACCCAAAGGAGAAUAUGGCGGAGAAGCAGCUAAUCGUGGCCGUUGAAGGCACUGCGGCCAUGGGUCCCUACUGGCAUAUCGUCGUCUCUGAUUACCUCGACAAGAUCAUCAGGUGUUUCUGUAGUAGUGAGUUGACGGGGCAGAAGAACUCUACAUCUAAUGUUGAGUUUUCAUUGGUCACAUUCAACACUCAUGGAUCAUAUUGUGCUUGCCUAGUACAGCGUAGUGGGUGGACAAAAGAUGUUGAUAUUUUCUUACAAUGGCUGUCGGCUAUACCUUUUUCUGGUGGUGGUUUCAAUGAUGCUGCAAUUGCCGAAGGGCUGUCUGAAGCACUGAUGAUGUUUCCUAUUGCUUCAAAUGGAAACCAAACACCACAAAAUGUGGAUGGGCAGAGACAUUGCAUUCUUGUUGCUGCCAGUAAUCCCUAUCCCUUGCCUACACCAGUCUAUAGACCACAAAUUCAAAAUUUGGAGCAAGUCGAAAAUUCUGAAGCCCAGACAGAGAGUUGUCUGUCUGAUGCUGAAACAGUAGCUAGAUCAUUUGCUCAGUGUUCUGUUUCUUUAUCUGUGAUAUGUCCGAAGCAGCUUGCAAAGCUAAAAGCAAUCUACAGUGCUGGAAAGCGGAACCCCCGAGCAGCGGAUCCACCUGUUGAUAAUGUUAAAAACUCUCAGUUUCUUGUUCUGAUUUCAGAGAACUUUAUGGAGGGCCGUGCUGCUUUAAGUCGCUCUGGAGUUCCAAGUUUGGCAACCAAUCAGAGUCCUGUGAAAAUGGACAUGGCUUCUGUCACUUCAGUUAUGGGACCAUCUCCAUCAUCAGUGAAUGGAUCUAUGGUGGGCAAGCUUCCUGUUUCUGUUGGAAAUGUUGCCACUGCUACUGUAAAAGUUGAGCCCACAACGAUAACAUCCAUGGCAACUGGACCUGCUUUUUCACAUGUUCCCUCUGUUCCACGAGUGCCUUCUCAAGCAAUCCCGACCUUGCAAACCUCUUCGCCAUUGACAAAUACACAGGAGGGCAUGACAAGUGGUGACAACAUGCAAGAACUAAAACCUUCUGUAAGUGGCAUGACACAACCUUCACGUCCUGUGCCUCCAGCUGCUGCAAAUGUGAACAUACUAAACAAUCUUUCUCAAGCACGGGUUAUGAGCUCUGCUGCUCUCACUGGAGGAACUUCUAUAGGACUUCAAUCAAUGGGUCAAACACCAGUGGCCAUGCAUAUGUCCAAUAUGAUAUCUAGUGGAAUGGCAUCCUCUGUGCCUCCAGCUCAUACUGUAUUAUCAUCUGGGCAACCGACUAUGACUUCAUUAACUGGCUCAGGAGCUCUUACAGGGACUGCACAGGUCCCACCAAACUCAGGUCUUAGUACAUUUUCUUCUGCAAGUUCAAAUGUGGCUGGGAAUUCAAACAUUGGAAUUUCACAACCAACGGGCAAUGUUCAAGGAGCAGUGAAUAUAGGCCAAUCAGUACCUGGCAUGAGCCAAGGAAACCAUUCAGGUACCCAAAUGAUGCAAAGUGGAGUUGGCAUGAGCCAGAACAUGAGUGCCCUUGGUCAAUCAACUGUCUCUUCUGGAAAUGGCACAAUGAUUCCUACUCCAGGCAUGUCUCAACAAGUACAGUCUGGAAUGCAGACACUUGGAGUGAGCAACAGUUCAGCUGCUAGUAUGCCACUAUCACAACAGACGUCAAGUGCUUUGCAAUCAGCACAAUCCAAAUAUGUUAAAGUCUGGGAGGGAAAUUUAUCUGGCCAGAGACAAGGGCAGCCGGUCUUUAUCACCAGAUUGGAAGGUUAUCGGAGUGCCUCAGCUUCUGAGACACUUGCAGCACAUUGGCCACAAACCAUGCAAAUAGUUCGUCUUAUAUCUCAGGAUCACAUGAAUAACAAGCAAUAUGUUGGGAAGGCAGAUUUUUUAGUUUUCAGGGCAAUGAAUCAGCAUGGAUUUCUUGGACAGCUACAAGAGAAGAAGCUUUGUGCUGUAAUUCAGUUGCCACAACAGACAUUGCUGCUUUCAGUUUCUGACAAAGCCUGCCGCUUGAUAGGAAUGCUUUUCCCUGGGCUACACAGUUCCAACACGCCACCAGGCCUCCACCCCUCUCUAGACAAACCAAAAAAAUUAAACGAAAUGGAUAUGGUUGUCUUUAAACCACAAAUGUCCAGCCAACAACAGCUGCAAUUGCAGCAGCAGCAGCAGCAGCAGCAGAUGCAGCCCCAGUUACAGCAGCAGCAACAGCAGCAGAAUCCACAGCUGCAACAACAGCAGCUUCCGCACUUGCAGCAGCAGCAGCAACUUCCUCAGCUACAACAACAGCAGCAGCAGCUACCACAGCUGCAACAGCAGCAGCUUUCCCAGCUGCAGCAGCAACAACAACAGCAGCAGCAGCAGCAGCAGCAACUGCAGCAACAGUCGCAACACCCUCAGAUGCAGCAACAACAAAUGGUUGGUUCAGGAAUGGGUCCUGCUUACGUUCAAGGUCCAGGACGAUCACAAUUAGUUUCUCAGGGGCAAGUUCCAUCACAGGCCCCACCUAAUAUGCCAGGAGGGGGAUUUAUGAGUUAAAUCAGCAACACCUUGGAAUCUACUGGCCUAAUUAGAAAUAACUAGUCUUUAUCAGUGACUUUAGUGGCUAAGCAUGAGGAGAAAGUCAUGUAGUAUCAUCUGGGAUGAAGUAAUUUUUUUAUGUACUGAUGAUAACGUCUAACAUGGUACAUUCAUAAUGUGCCAUCAUUCAUGUUUCUAGAGUAACUAAUGAGGUGGGAGGAAGCAAGGGUUUUGCUGAUGAAUUUCAUUGCUUGUAUUUCAAAGAGAUUUGCUGGUACGGAAUUUCGAUAUAAAAGUUAAUUCCUCUUCAUCUUAUCAUGCAAA